AAAAUAGAAGGAAAAAAGAGAAAAAGGUAAAAGAGAAACGAAAAGCCCUAGUCUUCAUCUUCUUCCUCUCCCUCACCCUCAUAGCCGCCAGCGCGCCCACCUUGUGUGCUCAGUUCUCCUUCUCCGGUGACUCUACGAACCAAUGUCGACGACCACGUGCCUCCGACGAUUGACUCGAGUAGACACCCACGCCAACGCGCAGUUCUGUCGUCGACGACGGUCUACGUUUAUCCACGAAUCUGACUAGCGACGUUAUCGCCACUUCGAACGGCUGUGUUUCUUCUCCGUUCCGCGGGCGAACAGCAGUUUUUUAAAAACAUUUCUGACGUCUGUGUGUCUUGCAGCGGCGUUUUUGACUUGGGGGUAAGCUUUCGACUGCUACCCACACUCCGUUUGGCUUCAAAUUAGUGUACCAUAACGUAUAGGGUCCAGAUCUGCAAGUUCGUACAUUUUCGAACACCGACCAGAAAGGCUUGCUGUUUGUAGUUUUGGGCUAACUCGGACUGAUCAAUUAAGGUCUAUGGUUUGUUAUGGUUGAAUUUGGGCUUUUAGGAAUUUGAUGUUUGUUCUAGGAAGUGAAUUUUGGAUUGAGAAUUGUAGAAUUGUAGAUUGAGGUGCUUUGCUUGAAAUCUUUCUAAAGGUGUUGAUCUAAAGAUUUCUUUUGGAAGGAGAAUAAGGAAAUUUUUGCCACUCAAGUUGGAGGAAAAAACUAAUGGACUAAAGAGCUUGAAAUUCCUGGAAGGCUGGAACUAAGUACUUUCUGUCAUGUUUGUUGGACAAGGCAAGAAGUCUAAGCUUAUUAAGUUGGUGCUUUGAGUUAAUCGGGAACUAGAUCAACUUAUGAGAAUAGUUUCAACUUGUUGAUGUUGUCUUUCCUUCCACCUUAUAUAUGAAAUUGAUUUGGGUUUAUUGGAUUCAAGGAAACUUGAGGAUUACAUCAACUGCUGAUAUUAUUUUGAAGAGGCAAAGAUGAGUUCCAGAAUACCAUCUCAUCAGCUUAGCAAUGGUCUUUACGUCUCUGGUAGGCCUGAGCAACCUAAGGAGAGACCCCCAACGAUGAGCUCUGUAGCCAUGCCCUAUACUGGUGGAGAUAUCAAGAAAUCAGGAGAGCUAGGGAAGAUGUUUGAUAUCCCUGUAGAUGGCUCCAAGUCCAAGAAGUCAGGACCUAUUACUAGUGGCUCCUUGAGGUCUGGAUCUUUCGGAGGUGUUGCAUCUCAUUCUGGACCCAUCAUGCCAAAUGCUACUGCUCGCACCAUGUUCACCACCUCAGGUUCUUUACCUUCUCAAGGCCUUUCUGGUUCAGCUUCACUGAAGAAGUCCAAUUCUGGACCAUUGAGCAAGCAUGGGGAACCUGUAAAGAAGUUGUCUGGUCCACAAUCUGGUGGUGUAACACCUAUCGGUCGUCAAAACUCUGGGCCUCUUCCUCCGGUACUACCUGCUACUGGCCUUAUCACUUCAGGACCCAUUUCUUCGGGGCCUCUAAAUUCUUCCGGAGCUCAACGAAAAGUUUCUGGCCCUUUAGAAUCAAUGGGAUCCAUUAAAUUACAGGGUUCUGCUGCUCAUGGUCAUGCUGUAACUACUCUUACUUAUGAUGAUGAUUAUUCAUUUGCAAAGAACUUUCCAAAGAUAGUAUUAUGGUCAUUAAUUCUUCUAUUUGUGAUGGGUUUUAUUGCUGGGGGUUUUAUUCUUGGAGCUGUCCAUAAUGCGAUCCUUCUCAUAGUGGUUGUGGUUCUUUUCGCUGCUGUUGGUACACUUUUCAUUUGGAAUACUUACUGGGGUAGAAGGGCAAUUAUGGGUUUCAUUACUCGCUAUCCAGAUUCCGAACUUAGAACUGCAAAGAAUGGACAAUUUGUGAAGGUCUCUGGGGUGGUUACCUGUGGUAAUGUGCCCCUUGAGUCAUCAUUCCAAAAAAUUCCAAGAUGUGUAUAUACGUCAACCAGUUUAUAUGAGUACCGUGGAUGGAGUUCCAAAGCUGCUAAUCCUACUCAUCGCCGUUUUACUUGGGGGCUCAGAUCACUAGAAAGACAUGUGGUUGACUUCUACAUCUCUGAUUUUCAAUCUGGAUUAAGAGCAUUGGUUAAGACCGGUUAUGGAGCCAGGGUGACUCCUUAUGUCGAUGAUCCAAUUGUUAUUGAUGUUAAUCCAGUAAACGAAGAAUUAUCUCCCAACUUCAUCAGGUGGUUAGGAGAAAGAAAUCUUUCUAGUGAUGGUCGAGUCAUGCAGCUAAAAGAAGGAUAUAUCAAGGAAGGAAGCACUGUUAGUGUAAUGGGUGUUGUUCAGAGAAACGAAAAUGUGCUAAUGAUUGUCCCUCCGCCUGAUCCAAUUGCGAGUGGAUGUGAGUGGAGCAAGUGUAUUUUUCCAGCUAGUAUUGAAGGUAUUGUUUUGCAAUGUGAAGACACGUCGAAGAAUGAUGUGAUACCCGUUUAGCAUCAUGAACUUGGUCCACGUAAGAUGUUUCCUGAUUUAAUAUUUGGGUUUGGUAGUAGGGUAGUAAGUAGGUAGGUUAGGACUGAUGAAUUGACAGAGAUUGCGGAUGGUUAAAGGGGGAUGGGGUGGUGUUGUUUUUAGUUUUUGAUGUAUAGUUUUUCUGAGUUUCUUUUCCAGUGUUUUUGGUGGAGAGAAAGAGGAAUGAGAAAGCUUCUUGUAAUAGGGAAUGGGGUUUGUUUGGUGCUGUGUAGAAUCCAAAACCAGUUAAUUUGACGACUUAAUGUUAAAUAGAAUGAAUGAAAGUGUACCUGUUUUUCGUUGUAA